AUGUUGAUAAGACAUUUGUAUAAGUCGUAUUUUGUGCCUAUACGACGUAACCCUGGUUUAAAUAAUACUAGGUGUUUGUUUAUAGCUUCAAUCGGGAAUCCUGAACCAGAAUAUGAAGGAACCAGACAUAAUAUUGGACAUCGAUUUAUUGAUCAAUUGAUUAAUAUUUAUUGGAAACAACAUUUAAUUAAAGAAGGAGAUCAUUAUUUCAAGUCGAAACGGUAUCCUAAUAUAGUAUUGUUUAAGUCAAAUGAUUCAUUAAUGAAUUUACAAGGUUAUGCUAUUUCAAAACAUUAUCAACAAUUUCAACAAGAAGGUAGUAAAUUAAUUAUUUUACAUGAUGAACUACAAAUAGCAGUGGGUAAAUAUCAAAUAAGGAAACCAGGCACAAGUCCAAGAGGUCAUAAUGGUUUAAAAUCAAUUAAUAAAUUCAUUUCAAAUGAUAAGUAUACUAAAGUAGCUAUUGGAAUUGGUAGACCACCAGAUAAAAAGAAUGUUAUAGAUUAUGUUAUGACCAAGUUUAAAGAUAAUGAAUUAGAAGCUAUUGAUUUCGAAGUAUUACCUAAAUGUUUAAUAGAGUUGGAAAAGUUAGUUGAAAAGGAUUUACAUGAAGUUAAGAUUAAACAACAACAAAAACAAUUACAAUCAACCCUGGAAAGGUCCAAUAAUGAUAUUUUACCCAUUGAACCUGUUAUUAAUACUUCACCUGAUACCACCAAUCAAUCCACAUCCUCAUCCCAAUCCUAA